UGACUGUGGUUAUGACUUAAGGUAGAAGCAAGCAGAGCCGGGACUGAGACACGGUUCCAGUCCUAGAAGGGUUGCAUUGUAAGUUUGAGGCAAACUUCAAGCCUCCCAUGUAACGUUUUAAUGAUAAGAACCAGGGUUUGCGGCGCUAUUCCUCCCACUCCACGGAUCGGAAUCUUCUCUGGUUCCCAUCCCUUCCCCACCCCAGACUUUGUCCUCCAGAGUCCCUUCGAAGCCACUUCCCUCCCCCGCCCAGGAGCACUUCGCCAUUCAUCAACCGGUUCACACCGGCAGCGGCCGCCGCGCGGUGACGUCCGCGGGGGGCGGACUUCCGCCCCCGCUCCUCGGCGCCCAGCCCGGGGCCCCCGGCCGCGAUUGGUAGCCAGGGCUUCGCACGUCUCGCCGGCUAUAAAAGGGCGGGUUUGUGACGCAAGGCCGCCUCGGCGCGCGCAUUGGUUCUGUGGACUGCGGGUCGACUUGGCUACGCGCUCUCCUCCGAGCCGCUCACUGCAUGGUAGAGUCUGGUGCCCCCGCCGCCGUCUGCAAAGCCGCCGCCGCCCCGCCACGACCACCUCCACCCCCUGCCCUGCAGCCGCCGCCACCGCCUGUGUCGCCGCCGCCUCCGGACCGGCUGUAUGAUUAGGCCACAAUCUUCAAUGAGUAAACAUAUUCCUCAGUUCUGUGGUGUUCUUGGUCACACAUUUAUGGAGUUUCUGAAGGGCAGUGGAGAUUACUGCCAGGCACAGCACGACCUCUAUGCAGACAAGUGAACUGUAGAAAUUCAUUACUACUCCACCAAGAAGCCCCCAUAAGAGUGGUUAACCUGGACACCGAAGUGUUGAAUUGAAAACUGCAGAGCAUUUUACAAGAGUUCUGACCUGGAUGGGGUAAACCUCAGUGCACUUCCUUUUUAUUGCCUCAGUAUUACUGGAUUGAAGAAUUGCUGCUUCUUGUUAGGAGGUUCAUUUCAUUUCCCAUUACUCCCAACUUCAUACUCAAAGCACUGAGAAUUUCAAGUGGAGUAUAUUGAAGUAGACUAAGUUUCUUUGCAUCAUUUCUGUAUUCAAUUUUUAAAUUCUUUCAUAACCCUAUUGAGUGUUUUUUAACUAAAUUAACAUGGCUCGAAUGAACCGCCCAGCUCCUGUGGAAGUCACAUACAAGAACAUGAGAUUUCUUAUUACACACAAUCCAACCAAUGCGACCUUAAACAAAUUUAUAGAGGAACUUAAGAAGUAUGGCGUUACCACAAUAGUAAGAGUAUGUGAAGCAACUUACGACACUACUCUUGUGGAGAAAGAAGGCAUCCAUGUUCUUGAUUGGCCUUUUGAUGAUGGUGCACCACCAUCCAGUCAGAUUGUUGAUGACUGGUUAAGUCUUGUAAAAAUUAAAUUCCGUGAAGAACCUGGUUGUUGCAUUGCUGUUCAUUGUGUUGCAGGCCUUGGAAGAGCUCCAGUGCUUGUUGCUCUAGCAUUAAUUGAAGGUGGAAUGAAAUACGAAGAUGCAGUGCAGUUCAUAAGGCAAAAGCGGCGUGGAGCUUUUAACAGCAAGCAACUUUUGUAUUUAGAGAAGUAUCGUCCUAAAAUGCGGCUGCGCUUCAAAGACUCCAAUGGUCAUAGAAACAACUGUUGCGUUCAAUAAAACUGGAGUGCCUGGUGCCUUGGAAGUGGAACUUGAGACAGGACCUAAUUUGUCAUGCAUCUUAGCCAAAAUCUUGGCUUGAUGAAUAAGUCUAAGGAAGCUUCCAUAUGUAGGAGUAUUGAAAAGCAGUUUUACCCGGCCACAAGCUUGACAGAAUUGCAGCCUCUAUGUUUGGGUUACGAUCAACCUGUUUUGACACUUAGCAAAAGAUUCUUGCUGUUCAGCAUUUAAAACGUGCUUAUCAUUUGUAACAAUUGACUUUUCCCAAAAUUAUGCAGUAUUGAGUUAUGUCUUUAAAUCUAUUCCCAUGCCAGAAUCUUAUCAUAUAUAAGAAAUUUAGAAAAGAUUAGGUGCCAAAAUAUCCCGCACAAUACUUGUAUAUUUUUGGUAUCAUACAGAACUAAAAUCCCAGGAACUAUGAAUACUCUGGACCUUAUGUGAUUUAGCCCUUCAGUCAUUUCAAACAUAGAAAGUAGGAUCUAUAGUUAUUUGCCUGCUCACUUUAUGUUUACAUCUCCCAUAUUCAUACAAGUAUUUUUUCAUUUUUAUUUUGGAUUUUUAUACCAAGUCUUACAGUGAUUAUUUAAUGUCUUUCUAUAAAUCUCAUUUUGUGCUGUUAAGGAAAGCCUCCAUUUUGAAAAUCUACAUUGUACAGAAGCACAUGUCUUUAAUGUCUCCAGACAAAAAAGCCUUACAGUUAAUUUUAUGUUUGCACUUGGGGUGCAACUUACAGGGAGGGCCUGAAAAAAGAAUGGGAGGGGGGCUCUUAAGUAUUUUUAGUAAAAUGUUGCCUUUGUCUUGUGCAGAACACGUAGAAUAUGCUCUUUAAUUUAGUAAAUAUUUUUUUAAAAGGUAGAGAUGCUUUUGUUGUAGCUAAAACAAUUGUUAAUCAUAAAAAUUCUUGUAAUUUUUUUCAUACUUAAUCUGAAGUUGUUUACCAACUUAUUUUUGUUUGAAGUGUGAUUUUUUUUUCCUGUUUCCAACCUCUUGCAAAAAAAAAUGGGUUUCUGCCAAUGAAUUGAGCAGACAUCUAAUAUUUUAUAUGCCUUUUGAGCUGUGUAACUUAAUAUUUGGAUACUUGAUAAUUUGUUUUAUUAUGUAAUUGAUAAAAUGGUGAUGUGUAUUAAUGUUAGUUCAACCAUAUAUUUAUACCGUCUGGGAAUGUGUGGUUAUAGUUCUGUGGGAGAAAUAAUUUGUCAGUGUUCACCAGCUUGUAAAAAUCUAGUGCGAGAGCUUAAACAUCUAAAUAAAUAAUGAAAUGCAUUUAUCAUCAUUGACAUUGUUUUGCUUAAAGUUAACUUAUUUUGUAGAAAACAGUAAGAUUGAAUUGCGUUUUGCUUAGUGCCAUUUGAAGUGUGUUUUUUUAAAAAAAACAAACGAAUUAAAAUGAAGUUGGCGUUUUAGUAAGCUCCUUAAAGACACAAUUUGUUAGGGUCGCGAGAACUGUUCACUAUUUUAAAGUAUUUAUCAUUAUAACCUUUGCUUUUUAAAGGUUUAGAUAAUUUUGAACCAAUGUAUACUAUUGUGUAAUAAGGGAGGUCCUUGAUUUGAAGCUCAGUUCCACCAGUUAAUAACUGGUUUGGGGCAACUUCUGAGCCUCAGUUUUCUCAUUUGCAAAUUAAUAAUUACAUGCCUUUAUAGGUUUUUGAAUUAAUUUGAAAAUAAUCUGAAGUAAUUUCCUUUGCAUAACUCAUGUUAAUAUAAAAGGGACUUAAAUCAGAUGACCUUGUCUGAUUUUUUUUUAAUAGCAGUUAAAACUGAAUAAAAAAUCAAAACUUGAGUAAACUAUACCUUGUGCUGUAAAGAAUUUGUUUCCAUCUCUUCAUGGCAGUUUAGCACUUAGUCCACUCUUGAAACUUAGAGCUGGGGCAAAAGGAACAAGAGGGGCCUCUGGGGGCCCUUGGUUCUUAAAUCUUAGAUAUUUUAUGAUUGGGGCUAAGUUAUUUAACCUGGCUAUAUUUUUGUUGUUUUUAGUACCAGCCUACUCUUGAGAAGAUAUUUGUGUAAUUGAUUACUAAAUAAUAAUUUCUAUUGUCACAUAGGCCAUAAAACAGCAUUUGUGUUUAUAGAGAGGAGAUGCCAUCAUGAUUAAUGAAACAUACUCCGUUUUAAACAGUUUGCAGAGUUGAAUUGUAUAUAUGGUGCUAAAAAUCAAUUUAUAAACCUUGUUUUGUACAGUAUACAAUAUAAGAUUUGCUUUCUAUCCAAAUAUUUUCUGUCUUGUAAAUAUGACUCAUUAUAAAUACACAUAAUAUAUCCUGGGAGAUUCCUUACAUCUAAUUAGAAUUAAAGUAAAAAUAUGAGUUGAGGUCUUUUAUACAGGAAGUUACCAGAUGGGUUCUAAAAUUUGGUUACUUGGCUUUGGAUAAUUUCCUUCAAUAUGAUGAUGUAAAUAAUGACUAGCUGAUAAGGCUUAUCUAUAGGAACCAUGUUGCUGACAUGUAAGUAAUGUGAUUACUGAAGCAUAACGAGAAAAUGAAAUUUUUUAGUUAAAAGAAAAACCUACAUAUGAGUGCUACUGGCUGUUUUGCAGCACACUGCAACCUUCAUUUAUUCCCCUAAUGCCCCCUUUUUCUAGGACAGUGCUGUUUUAUACCCACACUUUCACACAAAUGCAUGUCUAGAAGUAUCCUAGCCUAGGCAUUCAGUGCCAUCUGGUCACAGAGCACUUCAAAAGGAUAUUGUCCCCUAACUUGACUUAAGAAUUUCAGUCUCUGGGGUCUGUCUUAAAAUGCCAUUCUGUUAAUCAGAAAUACAACCAUUCGCUAGGCAUUUAAGAAUAUGGUAGAGAAUAUAAAAGAUGGUGUCACCAGAUUUUGGUCACCAGUGAGUACUAAGUAACCCAGUCCUUGCUUGCCAUAAAUUGAGAAUGCUUUCUAUUGAAGUUUUACGCAGUAUAAUUUCAAAGGGAAGUGGAAACGUAACAAAUUUCUUUUACAUGAACACAAAGUACAGUUUUGAAAAAAUACGUUUGCUGUACAUGUUUAUACUAUACAUAUUCCUUGAUUCCUGAAUGAACGUGUGUGUAUAUAUGCCAUAUAUAUAUAUGCCUCCUUACACCUCAAUUGAAAUUAAAGACUGAUUUUAAAGUGUUCGACACAA